GUAGCGUACGUACGUACAGUUCGGGAGACUCUAGAAGAAAUUGAAAUUCAUAACGCAUCUCAAAAAUUUCAAAACUGCUUCUGCAAGAAAUCGAAGUGUUUUCGUGCCCAUUGGCAAGACAACCAAAAUGUCGGAAUGGACAGGCCAGGGUGAAGAUGCGAGAGAAGGAUCAUCGCCAACGAUGACGUUUCAGGRCGGGGUCACGAAUCUUCUGAUGCAAACGGAAGAGCUCCGUCGGAAACUAGACUCGGUGGCGGUUGUCGCGAACGACGUCUGUUUCCAGAUGCUGGACGACGUCGACGGAUUGUUGGCACGGCUGUAUUCCCCUCCAUUGGCCAUCAACCCGGAAAAUGGAGUUGCAGCAGACAAAAUMGAGGUCGAAAUGAGAAAUCUCUGUCUGCAGAAAACAACCAGUGUUGCCAUGCAGGCCUUGAGGCUCGCCGUGAAGAAGAAAGAGACCGACCCRGAGGACGAGGGUUACCAYGCGGAGGAAGAAAAGGAGUGCCAGUCUGCUACGGCGAGGCUUGCCGAACUCAACCUGGUCUUGUGUUGUGACGGUGACGGGGAAGGGAAACUGGAAUCUACCAAGAAGAAUGUGGACGAAAUCAUUGAUAUUUAUGCGUCGUAUCAAAGGCAGGUCAUUCGGCAGCGAGCAACGCCGUCGAUUGCGAGGCUCGUGGAUUAUCGAAAGCGACAGAAAGAGAUGAGUGGAAUGAUCGUCAACAGCACCGAAGAGGACGACARCGAUAAUUCGUCGUCGAGGCAGCACAUACAUGUCCUGGCAACCAUAUUGGGCCAAGCCAGCGCUCUGAUUCAUCCAUUGAUGAUGUGGAGAUCGAAUUUGCCGCCACAGUCUGCUCUGUUCAAAAUGUGUGUUCGUUCCGUGAAUACACUAGACGAGCAAGCUCAAUCGYUAGCAAAAACAGUAGCCAUGUGGUUCAUGGAAGACUUUCGGAUUGACGAAUACUGGAUGGUUCAAAUGAGUACCGUCGAGAACAAUCACGAAGAUCACUCAUCUUCGCGCCCGGUCGAGAUCGAUUUGAGCGAUCUGGAUGGCAUGGUGGAUCGACUAGCGUUUUGUUGUCAGAUUUUUGAUCGAUACAUCGAAGUGGUGGUGAAGGAAAACGAAAGCUACUCAGACAAUGAUAGUCGGACGACGAUUCUGCAGGAACUAUCACCGGAAUGGACCUGGAAAUACGCCAGCYUGGAACGAUUUCUUACCACGCAACAACUUCGGUCKGCACUGCAUCCCGACAACAACACACCGGUCGAGAUCAUUUUYGGGGCAUCGAUUCAAGUGCCGUCCGUAGUGGAAGACGCACAAUACUUGUCCACAAGAGCACUCAAACGAGCCGCGUCUACGCGAUCGGACCAAGCCAUCGGAACGGUAGCCCAUUCCAUAGCCAGUGAUGUCUGGACCACCGACACCGGUGGCAACGGCAUCCACCAGGCUUUGGUGGAGCAAAGGGGGUGCUAUGAUCCAAGAAACGAAGAAUCUUCGUCGAAACCUCAGAGAAAUUCGAGCGAAGGAUCAAGCGUCAAUGGGGGAAUCAGYAGUCCACCCAAGAGUGGAAACUACAGCAAUUCAUUUGCACAAGCUCUGCUCGGGGCUUUAGAUGAAGAUACCGGAGUGYCGUCGUCAUCUCCUGCGAAAGCUAUCGCAAGGGCACCUAGUUCGGGUGGUUUGCUUGGGUCUCUUUCGUCUUCGCUGGCGUCUUCGGUUACGGGAGGAGGUGUAUUCCUACAAAUCCGUCUCGAUACACAUUUGUGUGCCYUAAAUGGCAUUCAUUCGGCAUCGGCAGCUUGUUCCUCGUUGGUGGAGUUUCUGAAUUCUCUUCUCGAAUCCGCUGACGAGGAAGAGUCGGAGCAAGCCCCACAACAAGARACACAAAGAGGGGGGAAUAACUCAAUGGUUCACUUAGCACGAGAAGAGCUGYUUAGGUAUUCAAGAAAUUACGAGGAUCUUCUGCAGUCACAAGUUUCUUUCCUUGUCAAUGAAUUUUGUGGUGGUUUAGACGAUGCACCGGCUUACAAAGGAGAUACGAUAGUUCCGGUUUUGCGAUAUUACUUAGAGCGUGAAUCAUUCGACAUUCUCGAUGCGCAACACCUUUCGAGUGCAGAGGAUGAUGCACGUCUCUACAAAACCUUGAUUCGUCCGAUGGAGGAUUGUAACCUGCUUCAACAAUUUGAGAAGUGYGAUGUAGAUGUGAUGCGAGCAAUAUGCCAAGAGAUUGCCCGUGUAUUAUCGGAAUUGUUCUUGGAUAUCAUCACGUCGACCGCUAUUCCCAAACGCUUCACGGAUUGGGGCAGUCUCCUUUUCUCCAAGGAAGUUCGACUGGUCCAGAAUCAUUUGCAAUCAUUGAUGCAGCGAGCCUUAUCAACUGCUUCGGCCUCGCAUCAAGAUCAGGCCGGCCCUGUGCCCGUGUUGACAUCGCAAUGGGAAAGGUUGUCCCAAGCGGUGACCAUCCUUCAGUUGGAAAAGCCAUCYGACUGGUCUAUUUAUUAUCAAACGACAUCGCUCUUUUCACCGCAAGAACUGAAAACAAUUCUUUCGUUGCGAGUAGAUUUUUCGAGCGACGUGAUUCAGAAAGUCGUGGCAUCUGCAACUGAAUAUACGGCAAGUAAUUCAAACACCAAGGAUCCGAGCAUGUAGCUAAUAUCGAAUCGAAUGGCGGUUGUGGAAUUUCGCAUCAUUUUUAGGCGUAUAAGCUWUCGCACGUUAAUACUUUCAUGCAGUCCCUUUCUUUUGGAUUUCUUUACAACGAUCCGAUACAGUGCACAGUGGUAAUGAUAAAUAGGCACAGGUCAGAUCAAGACAUCGGUAAUCUUUGUUUCUGUCAAUUAACUAGGAAAMAUUUUUUGCUAGUGAAUACAAAAUCUUUAAUUGG